GCGAGAGGAAGCUGCUUGUUGAGAAGAUUUUGAAAGUAGUUGAAGUGGACAAUGAGCACUUUCUUCCCCGGCUUAAGAGUCGAAUUGAUCAGUUUAGUACGUUUUGGAUUUAUUAUUAUGAAUUUUCUUUGGCUCUAAUGUGACUUGGAGAUUUUGAAAGUAGUUGAAGUGGACAAUGAGCAGUUUCUUCGCCGGCUUAAGAGUCGAAUUGAUCAGUUUAAGCGGGACCCGAGCUUCCAAUGGUUGAGGUGAGGUUCGAGGAUUUGUGUGUAGAGGCUGAUGCUUGUGUUACAGAACGCCACAUUGAAUAUCAUAAAGGGAAGUUCUUUUGGUUCCUCUAAUUCUCCUUUAUGUGUUGUACCUCCACACUGUAUGGUAUCACGGUGGUUGCACUCACAUCAGUUCAUGGAGUUUGUUUGCAGGCUUCAUGGUUCCCAGGCCGCAAAUUCCAAUAUGGUGGAGGUGGUAUUACCGGGCAAAUCCUUUGGCCUGGACAAUUCAAGGUCUUGUUAUAUCUCAACCGCACGACAAGGAUGACCUGGUCGAGAGUCCAGGCCAGUCAAGCAUGCAAGUGAAAGAAUUCUUGAAAGAGAAGCUGGGAUUUGAGCAUAGGUUACCAGGUCCAGCCGCUGCUGUUCACCCAGGACUUGUCCUCAUCUUCAUCUUUGUCUUUGCCUAUUCGAUCAAGUAUCUCAACUUCCAAAAGAGAUAGCUUGAAGCCUUUGCAGAACUCACAUUGACCAGAGUAUAACCGUUCAUUUACUGAGUCAUAAUGCAUCAGUUCUUGGGCUGAAACAUGAGAAAUCGAUGAAGCCUGCAAUUAAGUCAAGCUGAUCAAGAACCAUGGGGUGUGUUCAGUUAUGUUUGGUUCUCCCCAUCAAAGAAGAAGGUUCACAGGAUACUCAGUGGCGUCAAUGGAAUCAUCAAGCCAUCAAGAAUGACGCUACUUCUAGGACCACCAGCUUCAGGAAAAACAACGCUUUUGUUAUCUUUGGCUGGGAAGCUUGACAAACAACUAAGAGUAUCUGGAAAAAUCACAUAUUGUGGUCAUGAAAUAUCAGAGUUUUCUCCCCAGAGAACUUGUGCAUAUAUUAGUCAACAUGAUCUUCACCAUCCUGAGAUGACAGUUCGAGAGACAUUGGAUUUCUCAGGACGGUGCUUGGGUGUGGGAAUAAGAUAUGACUUGCUUUCUGAAUUGUCAAGACGAGAAAAAGAGGCAGGCAUUCAACCUGAUCCACAGAUAGAUGCUUACAUGAAGUCAACUGCAAUGGAAGGACAAAAGACCAGUCUUGCAACCAACUACAUUCUCCAAGUACUUGGUUUAGAUGUCUGUGCUGAUAUUAUUAUUGGUGAUGAGAUGAUCCGUGGAAUUUCAGGGGGUCAAAAGAAACGAGUCACAACUGGAGAAAUGUUGGCUGGACCUGCAAGGGCUGUAUUCAUGGAUGAGAUAUCGACUGGACUAGAUAGUUCCACUACCUUUCAGAUUGUCAAGUUCUUGAGACAGAUGGUUCAUGUGAUGGAUGGAACAAUUCUCAUCUCUCUUCUGCAGCCUCCACCUGAGACUUUUGAACUUUUUGAUGAUAUUAUUUUGUUAUCUGAUGGUCAAAUUGUCUACCACGGACCUCGGGAAACCAUACUUGAGUUUUUUGAAUUCGUGGGCUUUAAAUGCCCCGAAAGGAAAGGAGUUGCUGAUUUUCUCCAGGAGGCCACCUCAAAAAAGGAUCAAGAACAGUAUUGGUAUAAAGAAAGCGAGCCCUACCGCUAUAUCUCUGUCCCUGAGUUUGCACAGAUCUUCAAGUCAUUCCUUGUUGGCCAACGGCUUUCUGAAGAUCUAAAAGCCCCUUAUGAAAAAUCAAAAACUCAUCCUGCUGCUUUGGCAACAGAGAAUUAUGGCAUAUCUAGCUGGGAGCUCUUCAAGGCAUGUUUGUCAAGGGAGUGGUUGCUGAUGAAGCGCAAUUCAUUUCUCUACAUAUUUAAGACAACCCAGAUAACAAUCAUGUCAUUAAUAGGCAUGAGCGUGUUCCUGAGAACUGAGAUGCGCCAUGAAACAAUUGCUGACGGUGGAAAGUACUUCAAUGCACUAUUCUAUGCUUUGUCCAAUGUGAUGUUCAAUGGGGUGGCGGAAUUGGCGAUGACUAUCUUUCGACUUCCUGUGUUCUACAAACAAAGAGAUUCCUUGUUUUUCCCAGCUUGGGCUUUUGGACUAUCAUAUUGGAUCCUUAAGAUCCCCCUUUCACUUAUAGAAUCUGGGAUAUGGGUCAUUCUUACAUAUUACGCAAUUGGUUUUGCACCUGCGGUUAGCCGGUUCUUUUGUCAGUUAUUGGCAUUAUUUGCAACUCAUCAGGUAGCACUUUCUGUUUUUCGCUUCAUUGCUGCAGCUGCGCGAACAUUGAUUCUAGCUAACACAUUUGGGAACUCUGCUCUGCUGAUUAUCUACGUGCUAGGAGGAUUCCUAAUUUCUAGAGGGGACAUUCAAUCAUGGUGGAAAUGGGGAUACUGGAUUUCUCCAAUGCAGUAUGGACAGACUGCUAUAGCAAUCAAUGAAUUUCUUGAUCCAAGAUGGAACACUCCAAAUAAUGACACCAGCAUUGAUGCGUUUACAAUUGGAAAGGCAGUUCUCAAGACUAGAGGCAUAUUUGUAAAUGGCUAUUGGUACUGGAUUUCCAUUGGAGCCCUCCUUGGGCUUUCUGUUGUAUUCAAUGCUUGCUUCAUUCUCGCACUAACUUAUUUGAACCCUGUUACAAACUCUCAGACCGUGUUGAUAAAUAAUGAAGCAGAUCACGAAAAUAAGUACUUGUUAUCGGGUGCAGAAAAGAUGUCUCAAAUGCCAAAAGGGUGUACUAACCACUCUACACUUGACAAUGCAGAUUUCUAUGAGGAAACAAAUGCAAAGAAAGUGCGUUAUAAGAAUGAGAACUCUGCAGUUCAGCCAAUUAGAAGAGGAAUGAUUUUGCCUUUCCAGCCUCUUUCUCUGGCAUUCAGUCAUGUGAAUUACUCCGUGGAUAUGCCUGCUGGAAUGGUGAACCAAGGAAUCAAGGGAAGUCGACUCAAACUGCUAUGUGAUGUUAGUGGUGCGUUUAGACCUGGCAUCCUGACAGCAUUGGUUGGUGUAAGUGGAGCGGGAAAGACUACACUGAUGGAUGUCUUGGCUGGAAGGAAAACCGGAGGUUAUAUUGAAGGAAGUAUCAGCAUUUCUGGGUAUCCUAAAAGACAAGAGACAUUUGCUCGAGUUAGUGGUUAUUGUGAACAGAAUGACAUUCACUCACCACAAGUGACUGUAUAUGAAUCUCUUACGUACUCAUCUUGGCUGCGUCUUGCCCCGGAAAUAGACUGCGAAACGAGGAAGAUGAUAGUUGAGGAAGUUAUGGAGUUGGUUGAGCUUAAUCUGUACAGAGAUGCUCUUGUGGGCUGUCCAGGCAAAGAUGGUUUAUCAACUGGACAGAGGAAGAGGCUUACAGUUGCUGUCGAGUUGGUUGCAAAUCCUUCAAUCAUCUUCAUGGACGAACCAACAACUGGUCUUGAUGCUAGAGCUGCAGCAAUUGUUAUGCGUACCAUUAGAAAUACAGUGAAUACAGGACGCACUGUUGUGUGCACAAUCCACCAACCGAGCAUCGACAUUUUUGAAUCCUUUGAUGAGCUGAUGUUAAUGAAGAGGGGAGGGAAAGUCAUGUAUGCCGGAGAUCUUGGUCACAACUCCCAAAAGCUUAUAGAUUAUUUUGAAGCAAUUCCAGGGGUUGCCAGAAUCUCUGAAGGUUGUAAUCCUGCUACGUGGAUGCUGGACAUAAGUUCUCCAUCAGUUGAGGCUCGACUGGGUUUGGAUUUUGCUGAACUUUAUUCUAGUUCUUCUGUUUAUCAGCAAAACCAACAACUGCUUGAGGACUUGAGCAGACCAGCCUCUGGUUCCAAAGAUAUUUACUUUCCUACCAAAUAUAACCAGAGCUUUAUCACUCAAUUCACAGCUUGUUUCUGGAAACAGCACUGGUCCUACUGGAGGAACCCCCGAUAUAACGUGAUGCGCCUCUUCAUAACACUUUCUUUUGGCCUUCUGUUUGGCUCCAUCUAUUGGAAGAAGGGUGAAAAGAUAAGCAAGGAGCAGGACCUAUCAAACAUACUGGGGGCCAUAUACGCUGCUACUUUCUUCCUCGCGGCAAGCAAUGCUGUUACAGUCCAACCUGUAGUGGCAAUUGAAAGGACGGUCUUCUAUCGUGAAAGAGCGGCAGGGAUGUAUUCUUCUCUAUCUUAUGCAUUUGCUCAAGUGUGCAUCGAGAUUGUAUAUGUUGUUCCACAGAGUCUUAUUUAUGCAGUAAUCCUUUUCACCAUGAUUGGCUUUGGUCCAGGGGUAGAAAAGUUCUUCUGGUUUUUCUACUUCAUCUUCAUGUGCUUUAUGGUCUUCACAUUAUUUGGUAUGAUGGUAGUAUCUAUCACACAGAACCACCAGAUUGCUGGAAUUCUAUCUGGCUUUUUCUUCAACUUGUGGAAUAUAUUUACCGGUUUCGUUUUACCAAGACUGCAAAUUCCAAUAUGGUGGAGGUGGUACUAUUGGGCUACUCCAUUGGCUUGGUCAACUUAUGGCAUUGUGGUAUCCCAGUUGGGGGAAGAUGAUAAUUUAAUCAUGGUACCAGGAGAACCCAGCAUGUCGGUUAAGAAUUAUCUUCAUGCGAAGUUAGGAUAUGAGCACAGCUUUCUCGGUUAUGCAGCUGUUGCUCAUGUUGGUUUUUCCUUGGUCUUCUUCCUUGUCUUUGCAUUCGCCAUCAAGUAUCUCAACUUCCAGAAUAGAUAGAUCAGUUACUAAUCGUUGUAUGUGAGAAAUCAACCAUAUGGCGAUCAAAAUCUAUUAGGUCCUUCUGCCGAAUUUUCAGAGAACCAAUCUAUCGAUCGAGCUUAAUACGUUACGAGUAAACCACGCAUCUCCUUGGUCUAUCACAGGCUAUUAAAAGGGCGUUUUAACUUGUACUGUAGUGUUUUUCUUUUUUGUGUCUGAUGUGUCAUAUAUAUCACAUGUACUUAAUUUAAACAGAAAAGUACAGCCAUAGACAAGCAUAAUCUGAGUGUAUGGCUACAAAGCUUAACCUUCUUGUACCUUUCUGUAACUUAAUAUGAAGUAAAAUCGAAUUUUCAAUC